CUCUUGAACAAAGUGCCGGGAACGUCACCGUUCUGCAACGUGCAACCAUGACGCAGCGACCUGCACUAUUGGCAGCAGCACUUGCUGCCCUGGUUUCAUCCGCGCAUACAUUUUCUGUUCAAGUUGGCUCGGCCUCGCAAUGUGGCGAUCUCGACGUCAAUUGGUCUGGGGGCACAGGUCCUUUUCAGAUUUUGAUAACACCAUUGUACAAUGUUCCAGUCAACAUUUCCGUUCCUUCAUCCGCAGACGGCUCUUACACGGUCUCAAAUUUGCGAAUUGCACAAGGGAAGCAGUUUGUUGUGACUAUGUCCGACUCAACAGGCUUCAAUUCCGGCGGGACAUCUCCUUUGAUAACAGUUGGGCCAGGGAAUAGCAACUGCAAUACGACUGCCACCGGUGACCUUGGGUUUUCAUUCCAACUUCCGAACUCUCUGCAGCAGUGCAAUCCAUACCAGUUUGUGGGUUACUCUGGCGCGGCACAACCCGUAACCAUAACGGGAUUGAUUCCUGGUGGCGAGGCCGUUAUCCUCAAGCCACCUGUUGGCCCUACUAUGUAUCAAUGGCCCAACGUUAAUGUCGCUGCUGGUACUUCUGUCAUUUUCUCCGUCACAGACGCGAAAGGGGGUUCAGGAGGUUCCUCUGACGCCGUUCAAGUGCAGCAGUCUAACGAUCAGUCCUGUCUAAAUGGUAACUCCCCAACCUCUACCGCUGUGGGCCAACCCUCGUCCACAUCCGGUGGCUCGGGUCAAUCUGGUUCCAGUAACUCGUCUGUGGCGGCAAUCGCAGGUGCCGUUGUGGGCUGCUUAGUGGGUUUGGCUGCUAUUGUUUCCUUGGCGCUGUUCUUCAUCAAGAGGCGCAAGGCAACUCGGUCUCCGUAUGGCGCUGGGACCCGCACGCAUCGAAUCGACUCUGUUGACUUGGACCACGAUGCGAGCACCUCUGGCCCAGUGCCGGCUAUAUACCCCUACCCCUACCACAGUGAUUCGGCUAGCCACCUUGGGGCUGCUACCGACUAUCGCGAUCAUUCACCUACAUCCAACGCUUCGGCAGCUUCCGCAGAUCCAUUUAAUCCACCACCACCAUCACCCCAACAAUCUUCAGCCCGACGUACCAGUGAUGGCUACGGGGCGUAUGUGGAUGCUACAAGCGCUUCUGGCCGCUCUUCACAUGGCCCGCGAUCCUCUGCCUCAAGAAAGGCCGCAAUGGCUAACUCUGGGGGCUCACGGCAGGCAGCUCGUUAUAUAUUACAUACAGAUAUGGAUGAUAUCGCUGAGCCGGACGAACAUGGCGUGGUAGAGCUUCCGCCCCAGUACACUGAACGACGACAGCCAUCGGGAAGCACAGGAGCCCAGUCUGAAAGUGCGACUGGGAUUCAUAGUGAGAGGCCUGGUGACUCAAGCUAUCCACCCAACUCUUCAGACAACACCAGUGAACGACAGUCUCAAUACCCAUGACGAACUUACAGACUUUCAUUUAACCUCAUUUCAUUACAUCUGCAUGGACUGUUCUUUCGUAUUUCUUUUGUUCGAUCUUAAUAUUUGC